AUGUUUAGAGACAGAAUUAUAGCUAACACAGACCUCAGUAUAGCUAAAAACAGAACCUGCAUAGCCUAUGAUGAAGGAAUGAGGGCCCAUUGUUCAACAGCAUCUUACUACCAUCCCGAAUCUCCUGACAGAAUAACACGAAUAUUUGACAAACACACAGAGUGGGGGCUGACUCAGAGAUGUACUAGGGUAGAGACACGGAUGGCAACAGAAGCAGAACUGACACUCAUCCACAGUUCAGCUCAUGUUGAAGAGAUAAAGAGUUUUGAAGAUAAAAAUCCAUUUGAGUUGAAAAGAUUGGAGUCAAAUUACCAGUCAAUCUAUCUCUGCAAAGACUCUUACUUUUGUGCGCGGAUGGCUGCUGGAUUUGUGUUGGAUGUGGUGGAUAAUGUGAUGACAGGACAGAGUCAAAAUGGGGUUGCAAUAGUGAGACCUCCUGGACAUCACGCUGAGUGCUCCCGAGCCAUGGGUUUCUGUUUCUUUAAUAAUGUAGGCAUUGCAGCCAAGUAUGCUCAAAGCAAGUAUAAUGUCAAAAAAGUUUUAAUUGUUGACUGGGAUGUACAUCAUGGUAAUGGUACACAACAUCAGUUUUAUGAGGACCCAAGUGUCCUUUUUAUAAGUCUUCAUCGUUAUGACCGGGGUUCCUUCUAUCCCUGCACAACUGAGGGGUGCCACACCAAAGUGGGAGCAGGGGAGGGGACAGGCUUCAAUGUCAACAUCCCAUGGAACAAUGGACCUAUGGGGGAUUCUGAGUAUAUUGCGGCCUUCCAACAAGUGGUCAUGCCGAUAGCUUAUGAGUUUGGUCCGGAGCUGGUUCUGGUUUCGGCUGGAUUUGAUGCCGCUAUGGGAGAUCCUCUGGGAUGUUACUCACUAACACCGGCUGGAUAUGGUCACAUGACCCACAUGCUCUCAUCACUGGCCAAUGGAAAAGUAGUCCUUGUGUUGGAAGGAGGGUAUCACCUGGCAGCCAUAUCUAAUUCCAUGGCCAUGUGUACAUCUAUCUUACUGGGAGAUGGCUGCCCACACCUCCCCUAUGUCCAGACUAAGGACAGUGCUGUGAAAUGUAUACAAGAUGUUUUAGAUGUACAGAAGCAGUAUUGGAAGUCAUUGAAAUUC